AUGGUUAAGAUAGGGAAAAAAUUAAAAGGCUUUAAUGAGGGUAUACCUAAAUUAAACACAAAUAUAAAUGAUAAGAUAAUAAAAGAGAAAGAAGAAAAUGAUUCAGAAGAAAGAGAAAGACAACGUGAAAAAUAUAAAAAUGAAAAAGAGCAUGAACUAAACGAAAUGAUAUUUGAGCAUGACGAUCAACAAAACAUACAUGAACAAUAUCGCAAAUUGUAUUUAGAAAAUAUAAAAGAUUCCAAAAUAUAUAUACAUGAUGAUUUACAAUAUUAUUUAGAAAAAAAUAAUAUUCCAACAUUGUUAGUAUUACUUCUAUAUAGAAUAUUAAUAGAGAAACCUGAAAAUAUCAUAAAAUUUAUAAUUGAUCAAAUAUAUGUUUUUCUUUUUACAAAAACUGAAACAAACAAAAAAAAACAUGCUUUAUUAAAACCUUUGGAAUGCACAUUUCAACAAUCGUGUGAAGAAAAGGAAAAAAAAACAAAAAAGGAACAAGAUGAAAAUAAUAUGAUAAAUUCGUUGGAUGGAGAUAUGAAUCCUUCAUUCCAUGAAUCAAUAAAUGAUGCACUUCAAAAAAAUAACAAUUUAAUAGAAUCCAUAAAUUAUGAAUCCUUCAUAAAACAACAUUUUUUUGGUCUCGAUAAUAUAUUAGAGAUGGUCGAUUUUCUUAAAAUAGAAAAUACAGAAGAAAUUUAUUAUAAUAAUCUUAUACAUAUUAUUAAAAAUUUCCAAAAUCCUAUAAAUAAUCAAAUAUUACAAAGAGAAAAUGUGUCAUAUGGACAAACUAUAUCUUUAAAUAAGGCAUUAUGUUUAUCUGAAACAAUAUACAACAAUUAUUUUUAUAAUUAA